AUGCCAUAUGGUGCCUUUUUGUCAAUGCCUUAUGGUAACUUUCGGUUGUGUGCCUUGACGCCUUUCCGUGCUAACACUGAAUACGGAGCUGGUGGCUCCCCUGUCAGUGCAGGUGUGAUGUAUUGCGUGACUCUGAAUUAUGGGUCCAAACUGACACCUGGGUAUUGCUGGGAGCCUGCCGCCUUUUCCGGUAUUUCUGUGGUCAAGCGACGGGGCGGCGUGACCGACGAGGGGGAGUACCGUUGCUUGGUGUCCACCCCGGUGGGCGUGAUCACAGGCCCGCCCAUCACCCUCCGUGUCGCCACAAUGACCAAAAGCUUCGUGUUGAAGCCUUCCAAUGUGAGUGUGGUGGAAGGAGAGUCUGUGAGGCUCACGUGCCAAAUUGACUCUGAGCCUCCGGCAACAUUUACGUGGACCCUCGACCAACAACCUCUACCUCAAGAUGACAGGUACGCAACCUUCAACUCAGGUGUGCUUCAUAUAAAUGGAGUACAGAGGACUAAUGCUGGCAUUUAUCGGUGCCUAGCAACAAACUCAGUUGCAGGAAAAGAACGCCACAGCAACGGCAUUUCUGUAACAGUACUGGAAAGGGGUGAGGGGGACAACUACAAACUCCCCUCCUUCCUCUCCCCUAAAGACCCUGUUCGAGUUGUGCAGGGGGAAAAUGCAAUCAUCGAGUGUCUUGCAACAGGUGUGCCACUCCCAACAAUCUCAUGGCAACGAAAAUUGAAUGAAAGUGCGGGCUGGGAGGUCUUGAAGAUGGGAGUCAAUGGUGUAUCCAUGAUUGGCCAGGGAACACUUGUUCUCUCUAACGUUCAGAACACAAGCUCUGGACGUUAUGCUUGUACUGCAAAGUCGUAUAACUCCAACACCAAGAGAGAAGCCAGUGUUUCAAGGGAAAGAGAGUUAGAUGUGUUGACCCCACCAGAAGUCAUUGAUUCUCCAAAACCCGUAAAUACCUUGUCAGCCAAGACAGCCCGUCUAAACUGCUCAGUAACGGGUCAUCCAACUCCCCGCGUCAUAUGGUACAAAAAUGGGCGGCCUGUCGUCAUUAAAGGACGCAUUGUUCAAUCAGAAACCAACCAGCUCCUCUUCUACAAUUCAAUAACUGCUGACAAAGGAAUGUAUCAGUGCCUCGCUAUCAACGAUGCGGGAUAUGCCUCAAGCUGGGCCCUCGUGGUAAUCAACUCGUCCAAGAACCAACCAGAACCACCCCAGAACUUAAAUUAUGUAGUUCUUUCGUCUACCUCGGUUCUCCUGACAUGGGAUGCAGUCCACCCAGUCAACGGCGAGCUCAAAGCUUACUCAGUACAUUAUGUUGAAUCUGAGGGGAGUGCGAUGGAGAGGCAGGAAGUUUCAUUAAAUACAUCACUUCUUCUAGAAGGUCUCAAGCCCAACACAAAUUAUACAGCCUUUGUUAGAGCCUACAGCAACUUUCCUUCAGAAAUCUCAGAAAGUCUGGUGUUCCGCACAGCGGAGGAUGUCCCUACUGAUGUCCCAGUUGUGCAGCUGGUUCCUCUGUCGCCCACAACUCUCUUGGUCAAGUGGAGCCCAUUGGCACCAGAGCAAGCUCGAGGCACUAUCCAUGGAUACAAAAUUCUGUGGAGAAAACGAAACCAUCACUACUACCAUGUCCAAGAGGUUUUGGCAGAUGUGCACGAGUUUCAGAUCACCGACUUGCAUCCAGGAAAGAAAUAUGAAGUGCAAGUGCUGGCAGCAACAAAGGCUGGAUAUCCAACCAAGAGUGGCUGGCCCUGGAUACAACAGAAGAUGGGUGAACCAACCCAGGAUGUACCAUUUCCCCCUGAGGUCACACUGAAGGUGCUCAAUGAUACUAGCAGUGAUUCAGCAGGAAGGCUGGCAAUUAAGGUGGACUGGGAAGUUUCAUCAGAAAACAAAGUAGAAAUUGAAGGUUUCUGGUUGAAAUACAAACGGCAGGAUCAGACGUGGAAUGAACCCAUCACUUUCCCACCAACACAGAAAUCAUAUACCAUAACUGGCUUAGAAGCUGAUUGGUAUGAAGUCCAGGUGAAGGCUGUUAGUGCCAAUGGUGAUGGUGAGCCGACUGUGAAUGUGAUUCACACUCGCCUCCCAAACCAAAGCACACAGUUUGCAAACACUACUUCCAGUAUUGAUAGGCUGGAGGCAGAUUCUCGGUCUCAGACAAGCGUUCACUUGUCCUGGCGGGUAACUGAAGGUCAGGAUGGAGCGGCUUAUUACACUAUCAAGUACCAGCAGAUCACGCAUUCACCAAAUCCAGCAGAAGCAAAAUUUGCCCGCAGUGAAACUACAGAGAUCGUAAUCACAGGCUUGGUACCAUUCAGCACAUACGAAUUCAGUGUUCGUGCUCAUGAAUCGGAGAAGACGUAUGGCCCUUUUAGUCAUCCUGUUCAAGCUAUGACUAUGGGUAACCUCCCAUCGUCACCAGAGGAUUUCAUGUAUGAACCUACAGAUGCUUCUACUAUCCGUCUGAAAUGGAACCCACCAGAACAGUUGACUGGAACUCUGAAGAAGUAUGAAAUUCUCUACAGUCUGGAUAAGCAGAAGCCUUUAUCUGAGUGGGAUGUGCAUGAGGUAGAGGGUGAUGCCACGGCAGAUACGGUGGGGGGCCUUGUGUCGAACACUGAAUAUUGGUUUCGCAUUCGUGGCUGCUCAGCCGUUGGAUGUGGAGAGAGUACUGAACCUUUGGCUGCUACAAUACCUGCCAUUCUUCCACCUGAUCAAAAAGCACCUUCCAGUGAAUUUUAUCUCAUCCUAUGCUUGGUUACGGCAUUUUUUCUACUCACAAUCAUUGGAGUUGCAUCUAUGUAUGCAGUCAAAGUCCGCAACAUCUCAUCAUCUCCGCGGGUUUUGGCUUGCAAUGGAAACGGCCACAUCAAUGGCAAACGCAAUACACAGGUUGUCAAAAUAGGACAGGCAGAUGGACAGGCUGAUGGAGAUUGCCAAGAGAUGGAAGUAUACAUCCCAAUGCUAACACAGAUACCCCCAGACUUCAAGUGCACUCCACUGGAUACAAAGGGAGGAUAUCCAGAGACUCGUAUGAAUGGAAUGAAUAACCCAAGGUGCAAUGGUUUCGUUGUCAGAAACCGAGAUCACCUGCAAGCAGUUCCUCAUGCAGAGACGAAGGGUUUGUCGUCAGAGGAGAGCGAACGGCUGGUGAUAGGUGCCAGCAGCAGCAAUGGUGCCAUGAGCAUGAGUGUCCUCCCCCAAGUUUAUCAAAAUCAUAGCCAAGAGCAGAGGGAAGCUGAACAAGGUGGCAGUGAGCCAAAUCAUUCUCAAAGUGGUACAUUACCUCCAUCUCCACGACACGAACACAACCAUAGUGGAGCCUCACAAACUGGGCUUGCCAAUCUCACUAACCUCACUACUCUAAGUACCACGGAAAGUGAUGUGGAGAUGGAACCGGAGAAAAUGAUGGCUGAUAGUGUUGGCUCCCAGGAUGCCAGCACUCCAUACCAACACAAUUCCCAUCAUAAUACGAGUGCAACAAAAACAUCAUCCCCGCAACCCCCACUCACAACAGUGCAGUAGCUACGUAGGUGCCUGGGUAUAGUGCCCAGCUACCCACCCUCGCAGGCCCCUAUCACGGAGAGUCUCCUCUGGUCUGAUGCGGGUAUUGAUACGUAUACAAGGCCUGGCCCAGCUGCUGCGAUGGUAUGUGGCAAAUUUGGCCCAUCCAGCCCACAGUGGAAUUGAUGCGUGUGCCUUGCUCCAAGUGUACAAAUGUCAGUGUGGGUACUUGAGACCAUCAUAUGAGCGGGGCUGGGUCUGGCACCACACUGUAGCCACUAACAGCUAGUUGUUAGUUGGUGUGUACAUUGUUGCGAUCAUGGAUAUGGCUCUCAGUCACACAGUAUGGGCUCAGUGUUCCCUGACAAACAAGUCGCGGUACAAUUAUUUAACCGAGGCUGAGUGAAAGGAGUACAAAUUAUCAUUUUUCCUGUCAUUUUUUAUCUGUAAAUUGUGACUUGAGAGCUGUGUCCAGGGUGCUCCCUCAUUUCUCUGAUGACAAGGUAUCAGGGAUUAUCCUGGCAAAUAACGGCAUACCUGCCCCUCCCCCCCGCAACCAUACAGCCCCAAAGAUCCCUCUCACGUCUUCACCACCUCAGCGUCUCGCCAUAUUUGUAUCAGGGAUGGUAAUCUCUUCUCACCUCUUUUGAUAGGACUGUAAUACACCUUUGAUUCUGACAUGUUUGAUUGGUCUGCUGUUUUAUAUAACAUACAGUAGUACAAGAGUAAUGGGUUAAUACUCCUUUACAUGUAAAUCAAUUUUAGGCAGCAGUCACAUUAUAACAUUUAUGUGUUUUUUGUUAGUUUUUUGUUUCUUGUUUCUUACUGUUAAUCAUUGCAGUCUGAAAUCAGGGAGAUUCAUACCAAGAGCAUCUACUAAGUGCAGAAAAUGGGAAGAUGAUUACUUGGUGACACCAAGUCUAAAAACAAAAAUUAAGAAAAAAAACAAGAAGAGAAUAGGGGUUUAUUAGACUCAGAGACAGAUAUUUAAAAUCAUAAUGUUUUAGAUAUUGUAUCUCUUGUGUCUGUUUCCUCCUAACAAGCAACAGGUGUCAGGUCAUUAAGCGGUGAACAUCAUGUAAUCAUCCUCUCUCUCUUAUGUACCACAAGAUCACAUGCAGUGCUUAUAACAUAGCAAAGCUAGCUGAACAACAAUUUACCAUGUUAUCAGCCCUUUCAAUGUGGGUGAAGGAUUGAAUACAUGCCUAACUUCAAUUGAUGAUUUACUUGUUUAAGAUUUAUGUAGCAGAAAUAGUUUCUCAUAGACACUAUAAUUCUCAAAAGAGUGCUAUGCUCAUUUAAUAAAUUACUGUGAUAUAAUAUGUAGUGAAUAACAUGUAGUUGCUAACUGAAAUUGAUAGCAUAACAUUAUGUUUAUAAUUUGCUUGACACAAAUUUGAAACAGUUUGCAUCAAAAUUUUGGCAACGAGUCCUGAGGAAGUUUUCAUGGUCCUUCACCCACAUAUCCAUAUUGCAUUCCAUACAGACUUCUGGUAAGUGGUGCUGUACUACUUCUCUAAAUUGCUACCGUUUAGUCACCUUGUGCCACUCCAAUUCAUUCACAGACAUCAUCUCACUCCAUCUGCACAUCAUGUUCUCCAGCUGCAUGAUGAAGUUCAUGCAGUAUUCAAGGCAUAGAUUGCGAAAAACAGGUACAUACUGACUGAUUAGCGGCAAUUUUAAGUAGUACUUGUAUCAUCCGCCUCUCAGUGCAGAGCCCGGGCUAACCUCUUAUCCAAAUACAUCACCACAACAUCUUCACAGCCCUGCUUAUAUAAUGUAAUGUUGCUCCUAGAAAUCUAUGGUUUGUACAGCAAAUUUAAUAUAAAUGAUUUUUAGAAUUAUAUAUAUGUAUAUGUGUGUGUGUAUGUAUAUACAAAAUCUGUGUGUGUGUGUGUGUGUGUGUGUGUGUGUGUGUGUGUGUGUGUGUGUGUGUGUGUGUGUGUGUGUGUGUGUGUGUGUGUGUGUGUGUGUGUGUGUGUACGUAUAUUGACAUAUACAUAUACAUACUCAUGCACACAUGCAGUAUACAUACACAUACUCAUGCACACAUGCAGUAUACAUACACAAGCACACAUAUACACAUACAUUUAAACACAUUACACACUUACACAUUUGUACACAUAAACACACUUACACAUUUGUACACAUAAACACACUUACACACAUAAAUAGAGACAUUUAUGAAGACACACACACACACACACACACACACACACACACACACACACACACACACACACACACACACACACACACACACACACACACACACACACACACACACACAUUUAUAUAUAUGAAAAUAUGUAUGAAUAUAUAUAUAUACUGUACACUUAUAGGAAUAUAUACAGAUACAUGCAGACAUACCUAUAUAUAUACCAACCUAAACACACACCCACAGACACACAAACAUGCAAAUUAACUAAUUAACACACCAUUGAAUUAUAAUUCACAUGUAUUUCAGUAGAUGUUCAUAAAUGUGCAGUUAUCACUGAUACUUUUCCAGAAAUACUACUUUAUAUACAUUUACACAUGUAUGUAUAUUCAUACAUAUACAUUAAUGCUGUUUACCAAGAACUACGUGAAAACGUAUACAUGUUAAACAGCUAUCUGUACUGAUUUGCCUUAUUAGAAAAUUGUUCAAACAUUCAGGGCAAAAGGUGUAUGCUUGUAACAUACAUAGGUGUGGUGCCAUUGGCAAAUGUUGGAACCUUCCUGCUGAAGUCCUAUGCAGGGGUUCAGCCUGGUUGCUCUCCUGUGUGCGUGACGUAGCUGUCUGAGAUGGGAGUUUCAUACAUAAGACUUGUUUUAAUAUUUAGUACAAAUCAUAUUCCAUUUACUAACUAUAUACACUGGUUAACUCAAUCCCAAGUAGGACUACUGAAACAAUCUCAGUGCUUUUCUCAAUCUGCGGUUGUACAGAUUGUAAUAAGUCAACCAUGCAGCACUCUGAGUAGUCAGACCACUGCUCUCAGCAUUUCUAGAAUUCCCUCAUGGUUUUGUAUCAAAACUUGACACUAAGAAAGGGAUGUGGUGAAUCAACUGGCUGAUGAGCAGGAGAUUGGCUGUGCAGAGUGAUGCGAACCCCCUUCCUCCCAAGUAAGAAACAUAGCUCAGGCUUUUACCUCAGUUACUGUGUGGAGCUCCAGUUAAUGACAGCGUGCGGAGAUACCCGAUAUACGUAUUUGUUGCCCACUGAAGAAUAUUGUCUUUAUUAUUAUGAACUUAUGUUUAUCUCACUGCUAAGUUAGUUUUGUUAGCAGAAAGGGUGCCAACAUUAGCGGCUCAGGUGAGGGAUACUUUGCACUCUACAGCCAGCCACCCCUGCUUGACGGCCUACUAGAACUAGUACUCACACUACACUGCUGAAAGGGAAACUGUCAUUAGAAAAUUAUAUGUGCUUUUAAUAUACUCUCUUUCUAUGUUACACACACAGUCACUCACACUCAUAUAUACACCAUAAACAAGACUUUUUUGUGAUUGGUUAGCAGAAAUACACACACUUUAUUCAUGAUCAAGAUGGAACCCUUGAGACUGUAAAAUCAAUUACUUUAGCAUUAGGAAAAAAUUACCAAAAAAUUAAAUCAAAUGAAAUCUAUGUGAAAGUAAUUGGAAAAUAAAUUCUUAACAUCUCUUUAUAUGUGUGUGUGUGUGUGUGUGUGUGUGUGUGUGUGUGUGUGUGUGUGUGUGUGUGUGUGUGUGUGUGUGUGUGUGUGAGUGAGAGAGAGAGAGAGAGAGAGAGAGAGAGAGAGAGAGAGAGAGAGAGAGAGAGAGAGAGAGAGAGAGAGAGAGAGAGAAAAUGAGUGAGUGAGUGAGUUUGGCUGACUGUUUGGGAUUGUAUAAAUGAAUGCAUCUGUAAGUGGCAAGUCUGUAUAUAUAUGUAUGUGCAUGUUUAUACAGCCUUGGUCUUGUGUACAUACAUAAACAUAUGUAACCCUGCAUAUAUAUGUGAGAGAGACAGACAGACAGACAGACAGUGAAUGAGUGCAUUAAUUUACAUUUUUAUAUGUGUAUGUUUUAUAUUGAUAAAUAACACACUCCUCUCUAAUAAGCAAACAUAUAUCUUGAAAGAGUAGUUUUUAAAAUUAUGAUUCUUAUCCUGUGUGUGGAGUUUGUGACUACAGCUCCAGUGGGCCAGGUGUGGCUGGAUGCAUAGUGCAAGGGAAGAGCCCUGCUUCAUGCACAUGUUUUCUACCUCAUAGAGGGCGCAGGUCAGGUGGGGCAGGGACCUGCUGUUUACUCUCCACUCUGCGAGGUCAGGUGGGCAGGCUCUAUGGGUUUGUUUCUCAGGGAGCUCAAUGUACAAACACUACACACCAUAGUGUCUGCCCACUCGGCCCCUUACCCCACCCAACCCUCCACCUCACCCCUAAUUCCCGACCCCAAUCCCCCACCAUCACUCACUGCACACAUCCCUACAUGCCAUAGUCUCCAAGCAGUUCCUGUCACUACCUCCAGACAGCUCAUGUGCACGUACAUCCCACCCAGCCACCUUGAAUAUAACUUUUUUUUUUUUUUUUUUUUUUUCUUUCUUUUUUUUUCUUUGUUUUUUGUUUGUUUUUUUCUUUACUUUUCUUUUUUCUUUGUUUUUUUCUUUUUUUGGUUACAUUUCUUAUCUGUGCUCUUCUGUAUUUUUGUAUGCAGCCCCUCAUAGAAUUCCUUUGUAAAUGAUAGUUAUGAAUUAUGUUGUUUCCAUACUCUUUGUGUAUCCAAUGAAUUUUUAUUUUCCUAAUAUCAUGCUACCUCAUUCUUUUGUAUGAUGAGUGAACAUUUAGCAUUGCAUCUCCCCGUGCUGCAUGUGUAUGAUAGCUCAAGAUAAUAGAUAAAACUGCUCCUCUGCCACUCCCUCGUCCUCAGCCAAGAGCGCAUUAACACAGCUACUUCAUGAUAACCAGUCAUUAUUUCGUCAAUAGGAUGUAUCUUGUAUAUCAUGUUUAUUAUGCACCCAUUACAAGCUGGAUGGCACUGCAGGCUGCCCUUAGCUGUUUCUACCCUCCCCUCUGUAAAAGUUUGCCAAUUGCCACUCAGACAAGAAGUAGUUUUUUCAUAGCUAGGGCAGCCUCCCAUGCCUUUGAUAGGGUAAGGACACAAAUUAAUGAAUUUCUAAGAAAAUUUCACUCCUAUUAUUGUAAAGGAUUGAAGUUUCUUAAAAGAUUCUGAAUGUUUGCAAAUUACUCUAGCCACUUGGGGGUUUGGAUCCCUUAUCCUACAAUGCCCCAUCAUUUAUUGUAGUUUUAAGAUAUCGUACAAGUUAACAUGUACACAGGGUUGGAAUACAUUUUGUACAAUAAUUUAAUGUAUUGAGAAAUGUCUUGUGCUCAUUUCUAUUUGUAAAUAUUGUAGUGACACUACUUACCAUGUACAAGGUAGUGGAAGUUAUUGGCUUAGGUAGAAGUGAGCUAAAGUUAAGCCUGUUAUUUGCAUACUACUGGUUGAUUACAGUGUGGCUAGAGCACAAAAAGGUGACAUUUUCCAUCACCAUCUUAAUAAGGGAAAAUUCCCUGACAUGUGCGCCAUGGUCAGCCAUUUAUACAACUCUAGGUAACAUCUCAGUGUGGUUAGUUUUCACAUUUGUAAUUGAGUGGAAAUGAGCCAUGAGAACCCACUAAAACAUGGAAAAUUGGUUGAGCAAGUCGCAAACGUCAGGGGGAUGAAGAAGCAGCCCAGUCUGCAAAUCAUCUCAAGAUGGAACCAGCAAACCCGGCACUAAACACCAGACCCGGUAAUGAAAAAAAAAAGAAAUAUAUGAAAAAAUAAAGACGAAGGAAAACCUGGAACAAUACUCCUCUGCCUGGGGUAUCUCACACAUGAGAUACUUCCUGCCAACAUCUAUUUGUUUAUCACAAUGUACAAAUCUAUUCGGAGGUGCUACAGUCAAGUGCUCAGUAGGUAGGCCUAUUUCAGGUAGCCUAGUCUGUCCUCCACCUGGUCCACCUCCAUUGGUUAUUGGUUCUCCAUUUAUUUAUUUGAUUUACAUUUUUGGUUUAUUUUUUCAUGGUCCACACCUCAUUCUAAAUUAAGUGUUGGGGCAUGUGAUAAGCAAAGUUGUUUGUCUGAUCCUUCAUUUUCUAAACUGGUCCCAAAUCUUAUUAAUUGUGAUCACAUGAUUCAACACAUUAUUCCAUCAGUUAUUAUACUUACUUUUUUCUGGAUGAUCAUGUGCAUUCAGUUUCCAUUGACUGGAUUGUGGUUUGAUCCUUUCUGAUGUCAAUUUGUUUCACUUUGUUAUAUGAAUUUCCACUUGGUCACUGGGUUCACCAUUUGUUCUUCGGUCUGCCACCGUUUUUCAUUGCCUAGCCACUUACACGAUGCAAUAUAGUUGCCAUCGAGUCAUAUAAUGACAUCUUAUUCUUCAGGAUACACUAUUUAGCUUCUCUAAUGGUCCUGCCUAAGUUUCAUUGCUAUGGCAAUAAACAGAAAUUUUGCAUACUAUGAUUCAAUAGUGACCAAAACCUUUUUGUGAAUCAAGUAAAGCCACUGUGUCAAUUUAUUUUGUUUUUUCCUUCAUCUAUUAUUAGAAGGCUGACAAAAAAAGAGAAAAAUAUCAGUGAAUGCUUGUUGAACCCAAUGCAACUUGGCCAAUCUGUCCUUCAACUUUUGAAAUGAGCACACUGGGAAUAAGCUAUUGUAACUUUUGUGUGGUAUAGUAGCUUAUCAAUGUAAUCUGUCUUGUGGUGUGAGAAUCUGUGGACCUUAUAUGCAAGCUCUUCAACAUGUAGUGUCAUGUGAGCUUUAAACCCACUGCUGGCCUUCUCGACCACAGUUGAUACUGAAUAGUAGCUGAACAUCAUGUAUUCCAGGAAUUUUGAGAAGUCACUUAUAUAGAAACAUGGAGAUCUUUGCCUUCUGAUUAUUCCUGAAAUUUGUGAUUUUCACGGAACUUUGUUUAUCAGGCCCACUCCUGAAGCUAAAGAUUCAAACACCAAAGGUAAAUAUUUUAAGAGAUCUGAUGUUAUGUGUACGGCACUGUGUGUUUGUUACAAGGUUAACGGUUAUGAGGCUAAAGGAAUGUAAUCUGAAGCUUUUUUUCUCAUUCUUUUGUAAGAUAUGUAAUGUAAUUUUAAUUGGCAUUCUGUGAAAAAUAUUGAACAAAAUCUGUGAUCUUGUGAUAAACAGGUGUCUGUCUGAAACUUCUGUAUAAUAUUUAACCGCAUAGCUCAGGUUGUCAGUGUUGUGGUUUUCAUCAACAUGUUUUGCUGAAUGGUACCAUCAGUCACUACUUAGAAAGAGGAUUAUGAGAGGGUUCAUCAGGAACAACAACUGACUAGAAUUUUAAUUGCUCACCUAGACAAACUUGUCAGUAGUGACUAGGGUAAUGAAAGACGGGUGGGGCAGGAGAAUGUGCUAGUCACCAGUGGAAGAUGAUAGUCUCUGAAUGUCAAGGCAAGUCUAAUGACACCUUUGUAAUGAACCGUAUUCAUGUUGACAAAUGUAGAAAAGUUGUAAAUGAGAAUGAAUCUCUUCACAAUACAAGUGAUAUAUUUCACUGGUUUCGAAUAUGUAUAUAUCAUGUAUUUCUGACAAAGACAUAUUUGAAACUGGUUAAACACAUCUCUUGUAUUGUUCAUAUAUUAAUUCUCAUUCAUACCUUUUUUACACCUUUGUAAGUUUGUCCAUUGGCACUUCCUGUCCCUACAUAUUGUUGAGUUCACCAGUUUGGGGGAUUUAGCAUCAGGCUUAUAUCUCAGUUGCUGACCUACAUGAUGAGCCUAAUUUGACUUCCACAAAACUGUUGAAUAACCCUAGAUUUAACAGAUCAGUUUUCCAUAAAGAGUGCAGGGGACAAAUUGCAGCAGAUAAUUUUAAUUGUAAACCUUACCCUACCUCGUAGGUGAUGUCUUGACUUGCGACCUCAGUAAACACAUUUUUUGUAAUUUAUUUAUUUUAUUUCUGUCAUUUGUGUGAGUGUGGGCACGAAAUGGAAUCUAUUAGUGAUGGCAAUAAUGAAAGGUGAAUGAUGUAUGAAGCAGUAUGUGUAGCCGUGGAUAAUCUGUUAUUGUAUCCCAUGUGCAUGCAAGCAUGAUUAAAGAUCAUAAGCUGA